UUUCAACUUAGUAGAUAUUGAUAACUGUUAUCUUACAAAGUGAUAUUCCUUUUUACUGAUCGAGCAUUGUCCUUUUACCUACCACUUACUACUUUUUAAUUCAGACCGCUGAAAGAAAUCAAUUAAACAUACAUUACGAAACCAAGUCAUAUUUGAAAGCUUUAGCUAUAGAUUCAGAUUAAUUCAACAACAUCGCCGUUAUUGAACAAGACAAGAGAAGUUAGCGAUAUUAUAACAAUACUUUCUUUUUUUUAUACCUUCGAAAACCUUUUUUAUGGAGACUAAAGGAAUUCCUCUUGCAACAUUCUCGACUACGUUCGGGGGUUCGAAGGACGACCUAAAUCCGUUGACUACUUACCAAUCUUUAAACAGAAAGUUGGAUGAUGGGCGAUUAAGUAUAGAGGACGUGCGUAUCCAGGAUAAUAACACGAAUGUGGAUACCUCCUUAGGCAGAAUUGAUCCAGUGGAUGAAGUUGCUCCUGAAGGAUUCCAUGAAGAAAAGAUUAGCAGUUGGAUUUGGAUACUUUCAACAGUUGCUGGUAUUUCUGGCUUAUUAUUUGGAUAUGACACUGGUGUAAUUUCAGGUGCUUUAGCAGUUAUCGGUUCGGAUUUGGGAAAGGAAUUAAGCUCCAAACAGCGAGAACUUAUUACGUCUGCAACUCCAUUUGCAGCUUUAUUAUCUGGUAUUACUUCUGGUUGGCUUGCAGAUUUACUGGGUAGAAAGCGCUUACUCAUAUAUGCCGAUGGUAUAUUCGUAUUGGGAUCUAUCAUUAUGGCAGUAUCAAGAAACAUUGCAACUUUAGUCGCUGGUCGUUUUGUUGUUGGAUGGGGCAUUGGAUUAGCGUCCUUAAUUGUUCCUAUGUAUAUCACAGAAUUGGCACCAGCUCAUAUGCGUGGUCGACUUGUAAUUAUCUACGUUGUUUUUAUUACUGGAGGUCAAUUGCUAGCUUAUGCAUUAAAUGCGGCAUUUGAAAACGUAAAUCAAGGUUGGCGCAUCAUGAUGGGAUUAGGUGCUUUACCAGCGCUAUGCCAACUCAUUCCACUCUUCUGGACACCAGAGUCUCCCCGGUACCUAUUAAAGCAAAAUCAUGUUGAAAAAGUGUAUACGAUUAUGUCGAGAAUCCAUCCAAAUGCUAAACCGGGUGAGAUUGCCUACAAGGUCACUUUAAUUCAAGAAGGCAUGAAUUUUGGCACUUUGGAAGGAAACCAAUUUCAGAGAUUGAAGUACUCUUUUAAACGUCUUUUUUCAGUCCCUUCUAAUCGACGCUCGUUGUUUAUUGCAUGUUUCCUUCAAGCCUUUCAACAGUUCUCUGGUACAAAUGCCAUUCAAUAUUUUUCGGCAAUUCUUUUCCAAAGCGUUGGCUUUCACAAUUCCAUACAAAUUAGUAUAGUCGUUGGUGCGACUAACUUUUUAUUUACGAUACUUGCAUUUAUGUUCAUCGAUCGAAUUGGUAGAAGACGGAUUUUACUGUGCAGUGCUACUACUAUGAUAAUCUCCCUUGCAGUCUGUGCAAUUUCAUAUCAUUUUCUGGAACUCAAAAAGACUGCAUUUAAAUACAUAAUUUUAGUUUCCAUCAUUGUCUUCUUGGCUAGUUAUGCGUUCGGUAUUGGUAACAUACCUUGGCAGCAAGCCGAAUUAUUUCCGAUGGAAGUGCGUGCUUUGGGAACAGGAUUUUCUACGGCUGUAAACUGGUCCGGAAACUUAAUUGUCAGUGCCACUUUUUUGACAAUGAUGGAGUCUAUUACUUCAGUUGGCACUUUUGGAUUAUAUGCUGGAUUUUGCUUAGUCGGUUUAAUUACUUGUUUCUUUACGUAUCCAGAGUUAGCAGGUAUGUCUAUUGAGCAUAUUUCCAUAUUAUUGGAGAAAGGAUUCUGGAACGCUGUCAAAGAGCAAAAUAACAGAAGGAAGAGCAAUGUUAAAGAUACUUACUAAUUUCAUCAUGCAUUUAUAUGUUGUUACGUAUCUUUUAAAUGUUUAAAUGGAUGCAGAUUUUAUUAAUUAAAGCGUUAUUAAUAUACAUUAUUGUUAUAGCAUAGAAUCUCUUUUAUAGAAAAAUAAAGCAAAGAACUAUGGGAACGCAUGUGAAACCCUGUGGAAUUUACUAUGUCA